AUGCAAUACAUUCUCGCAUCAGUUUUUUGCAUAUUAAGCAAAGUUAUGGUUAAAGCGGUACAAACAUCGUAUCCACCAUUCUUUUCACCGUGUACAUUUCCUUCACCUAUCCAUCAACCAGUUCAGUUUCGUUCAUAUUGCAAUCUGAUGCUUCGACUUCCGUUUAUCUGUGAUUUGCAUCAACAAAUCAGUAGUUCUGGCUCCACUACUAUUCUGGAAACGUUUGAAAAGCUAAAACCAAUAUUUGUCAAAAAUAAUUCAUUUUCAUUAGGUAUACUUGUCGUACGUCAAUUGGCACCUCCAAUUAGUUCAUCAUUCGUUUAUAAUAAUAAAUUUGAAUACGGUUGUUUAUUUGAAGAUCAUUGCAUUCAUAUGGACGUUGAAAAAGUUCAGCAGUUUGUGAGCAAUGCUCAAAGUUUCAUUAAAAUUUAUACUUCGGUUUUGUACGAUCGUUGGUUUUUCAAAUCAGAAGACUGUAAUCAGCUUAAUAUACUCGCUAUCAUUAUUCUUGAUGGUUUGGUUAACGACGUUCGCAAGCUACCUUACGUUAAAAUUCAUGCUAGUGAUUUGAGAUUGCUUUCAUCUGUGAUAAAUAUUCAGUCUGAAUGUGUAAACAAUAUUCUCCAGGGUUGGCCUUUACAUGUUGUAAUAGCUGAUUUGAUUGAACAAUUAAGCUAUGCUUUACGAGACUUUUAUCUUCUUAAUGGUGACGUACGGUUGCAUGUGGUACCAACGUGGGCGAUUCAAAUAUUUAUCACGUGUGCUUUGCUAUUGCUUUUGGCAAUUUUCAUGGAAUGGUACAUUGUAAGGCGAAGAUUAGCUAGUAGAAGAAGUAUGACAACUGCGCAACUUCAUGCUGGUAAAAGCAAAACACAUAUCAUUUUUUAUUGA